GGUCUUCCACUUCAAAACCAUUUACAAUCAAAAUGAAGUUGAUGAUCAUGGCCGGAACUACCCUAGUUAGCUUCCUGUGGCUUCUCAUGGCCAUAUCAGCAACAGCCCAAAACGGCGACAAUCCAGUUCUGGACACCACCGGAAAGGCUCUUCGACGCGGCGUCAAGUACUACAUCAGGCCGGCCAUCACCGACAACGGCGGGAGGUUUACGCUGGUCAAUAGGACGGAGCGGUGCCAGCUGUACGCCGGCCAGGAUAAUGAUUCGAGGGGCAGAGGGUUUCCGGUGACGUUUGCGCCGUUCGCGGAAGGAGAGAAGGUAAUUAGGGAGUCUAGGGAUGUGAAGAUCACCUUCUCUGCAAUCACCAUCUGUACAAGGUCGACGACGUGGCAGUUGAGAGGCACCGAGAGCGGGAGGAGACUGGUUGGGACCGGAAGCUCGGGAGGGGCGACUAACUUCUUCCGAAUCGAGAGACAGAGUGGGUUCGAUGGGAUCUACACCGUCGGAUGGUGCCCGGCCGAGUUCUGUCCGCUUUGCAGGUUCGCUUGUGGUUCAGUUGGGGCUGUGGUCAACAAUGGGAAGAGGUUUCUGGCUUUAGAUGGUUUUGUCAUUCCCGUCGUUUUUGAGAGGGCUCCCUCAUCAACUAACAUAUAGUUAGUUUGUAUGUAUGUUAUGGUGGAUUGGAUGAGUGGCCAGUUCCUAUGAUUAUAAAUAAAAAAGUUCUACUGUAAUGUUAAUUUACUUAA